CUCGGGGGCUGGGCUGCCCCAGGGCGCGGCGCCGGCACUGCGGAGGUGGCCCGGGGACCGCAUCGAGCGGGGCGGGAACGCGCUGCUGGCUUGGUUCCGGGUGCUCCCGCGCGGCGCUGGCCAGAGCGCACUUGAGCCAGGUCUGGCUGCAGGGAAGGGCGGGUCCGCCGAGCGCCGUCUCCGACCCCUCCUCCUCGGCGCGCCGACUGAGCCUCGGCUGGAGCUCUAGCCGGCGCCACCUCGCGCGCCCCAGCCAUGGCUUUUGCCAAUUUCCGCCGCAUCCUGCGCCUGUCUACCUUCGAGAAGAGAAAGUCCCGCGAAUAUGAGCACGUCCGUCGAGACCUGGACCCCAACGAAGUGUGGGAGAUCGUGGGCGAGCUUGGCGACGGCGCCUUCGGCAAGGUUUACAAGGCCAAGAAUAAGGAGACGGGUGCUUUGGCUGCAGCCAAAGUCAUCGAGACCAAGAGUGAGGAGGAACUUGAGGACUAUAUUGUGGAGAUUGAGAUCCUGGCCACUUGUGACCACCCCUACAUCGUGAAGCUCCUGGGAGCCUACUACUAUGAUGGGAAGCUGUGGAUCAUGAUCGAGUUCUGUCCUGGGGGAGCCGUGGACGCCAUCAUGCUGGAGCUGGACAGAGGCCUCACGGAGCCCCAGAUUCAGGUUGUUUGCCGCCAGAUGCUAGAAGCCCUCAACUUUCUGCACAGCAAGAAGAUCAUCCACCGAGACCUGAAGGCUGGCAAUGUGCUGAUGACGCUGGAGGGAGACAUCAGGCUGGCUGACUUCGGUGUGUCUGCUAAGAACCUGAAAACUCUGCAGAAGCGAGAUUCCUUUAUAGGAACGCCUUACUGGAUGGCCCCUGAGGUGGUGCUCUGCGAGACCAUGAAGGACACGCCGUACGACUACAAAGCGGACAUCUGGUCCCUGGGCAUCACGCUAAUUGAGAUGGCGCAGAUCGAGCCCCCGCACCAUGAGCUCAACCCCAUGCGGGUCCUGCUCAAGAUUGCCAAGUCGGAGCCCCCCACGCUGCUCAUACCCUCCAAGUGGUCAGCGCAGUUCCGGGACUUCCUGAAGGUAGCCCUGGAUAAGAACCCGGAGACGCGCCCCACCGCCGCGCAGCUGCUCGAGCACCCCUUCGUCAGCAGCGUCACCAGUAACAAGGCCCUGCGGGAGCUGGUGGCCGAGGCCAAGGCCGAAGUGAUGGAGGAGAUUGAGGACGGCCGGGACGAGGGGGAAGAGGAGGAUGCUUCCCUUGGGAAUGACACUCAGGACUCUUCUGAGGCAAAUCGGCUGAGCCUCAAUGCCAACAAACUCCAGGAAUCUUCUAUGCCACUGCCACCCAGCCAGCCUCAGGACAGUGUGAACGGGCCCUGUAGCCAGCCUUCUGGGGAUGGAGCCGUCCCAGCUGCCCACGUGCCAGAUGGAGCCCCUGCAAGUGAGAAUGGCCCAGCCGUGCCUGUUCCCCUCCGGAAGUCCCGGCCAGUGUCCAUGGAUGCCAGAAUUCAGGUGGCUGAGGAGAAACAAGUCACUGACCAGGCGGGGGACCUCAGUCCUGCAGCCAGCAGGUCCCAAAUGGCAGGCCAGAGCCGGCCCAAUAGCAGCGCCCUGGAGACCUUGGGCAGCGAGAAACUGGUCAAUGGCAGCCUGGAGCUCCCCACCCUGGCAGUGCCAGGCCCUUCCAAGAGGGCCUCGGACUCCGGCAGCCUGUCCACCUGUGGGAGCAUGGACUACAGCUCCUCCCUGUCUGCCGACCUGUCCCUGAACAGAGAGUCAGGCUCGCUGUCCCUCAAGGACUCCAGGCUGCACAACAAAACCCUGAAGCGGACCCGCAAAUUUGUGGUGGAUGGUGUAGAAGUGAGCAUCACCACCUCGAAGAUCAUCAGUGAAGAUGAGAAGAAGGACGAGGAGAUGAGAUUCCUGAGGCGCCAGGAACUCCGAGAGCUUCGGCUGCUCCAGAAAGAGGAGCAUCGGAAUCAGACCCAGCUGAGCCACAAGCAUGAGCUGCAGCUGGAACAGAUGCACAAGCGUUUUGACCAAGAAAUCAAUGCCAAGAAGAAAUUCUUUGACACAGAGCUGGAGAACCUGGAGCGUCAGCAGAAGCAGCAGGUGGAGAAGAUGGAGCAAGACCACGCUGUGCGGCGCCGGGAGGAGGCUAAGCGCAUCCGCCUGGAGCAAGAGCGGGACUAUGCCAAGUUCCAAGAGCAGCUCAAACUGAUGAAGAAGGAGGUGAAGAGCGAGGUUGAGAAGCUUCCCCGGCAGCAGCGGAAGGAGAGCAUGAAGCAGAAGAUGGAGGAGCACACACAGAAAAAGCAGCUCCUUGAUCGGGAUUUUGUAGCUAAGCAGAAAGAGGAUCUGGAGCUGGCCAUGAAGAGACUCACUGCAGAAAACAGGCGGGAGAUCUGUGACAAGGAGCGCGAGUGCCUCAGCCGGAAGCAAGAGCUCCUUCGAGACCGGGAGGCCGCCCUGUGGGAGAUGGAGGAGCACCAGCUGCAAGAGAGGCACCAGCUGGGGAAGCAACAGCUCAAGGACCAGUACUUCCUCCAGCGGCACGAGCUGCUGCGCAAGCACGAGAAGGAGCUGGAGCAGAUGCAGCGCUACAACCAGCGCAUGAUAGAGCAAUUGAAGGUGCGGCAGCAGCAGGAAAAGGCGCGGCUGCCCAAGAUCCAGAGGAGCGAGGGCAAGACGCGCAUGGCCAUGUACAAGAAGAGCCUGCACAUCAAUGGAGGAGGCAGUGCCUCUGAGCAGCGCGAGAAGAUCAAGCAGUUCUCCCAGCAGGAGGAGAAGAGGCAGAAGUCAGAGCGGCUACAGCAGCAGCAAAAGCAUGAGAACCAGAUGCGGGACAUGCUGGCGCAGUGCGAGAGCAACAUGAGCGAGCUGCAGCAGCUGCAGAAUGAAAAGUGUCACCUCUUGGUAGAGCAUGAAGCCCAGAAGCUGAAGGCCCUGGAUGAGAGCCAUAACCAGAACCUCAAGGAGUGGCGGGACAAGCUUCGGCCACGAAAGAAGGCUCUGGAAGAGGAUUUGAAUCAGAAAAAGCGGGAGCAGGAAAUGUUCUUCAAACUGAAUGAGGAGUCGGAGUGCUCCGUCCCUACCACUCCGAGCAAGGCCACCAAGUUCUUCCCCUACAGCUCUGCAGAUGCUUCAUAACACCCUUGCCCCGAGCUGGCAGGGAGAGUGGUGGGCCACAGGCCCUGCCAUCUUGUGAACAAGUGACUCCAGAGCCUCUUCCCCUCGCUCGAUGCCAGCGCAAAUCCAGCUCCCUGCUUUGUGGCACCCAGUGUGCACCACACACUGCCUGGUGACUUCUCACUUGCUUGUGGAGGGCGAAGUUACCUAUGUGGCACCUUCCCCCAGUGUGUCCUCAGUGAGCACCACGUCCCAUCAAGCUGCAGUGACCUGGGCUCUGAGUGGGGUCAGGGGCCAGGAGUGGGUGUGCUAUGGGCUUAGGGGACCUCCUGUUUGCCAAAGCACCAGUUUUGCUGUCCGUAGGCACAAAGCACUGCCGAUGAAGUCACCCUGGGUUCAGCUGUAUUGUGUCGCUUCGUUUUCUGGCGAAGCCUUGCAUUGUCAAAACUUUAGCAGCCCUUUCAGUUCCCAACAAAGCCAGGCUGACAGCCAGCUACUGCGGGGAUGUUCUUGUCCCCGUGGAUCCCCACUUUGCUUUCUGCUUAAGCCAAGGCUGUGUGCAUGUGGGGGAGGAGAUGAAGGAGCCUGAAAUGUUCGCCGUGCCGUUCUUGCAUUUUAGGCCAUGCCCAAUCCCCCUCCCUGUGUGUGUGUUCACGCUCACACACACACACACCCUGCCACAGUAAGGCUUGCUGUGCACUGAGCUGCGUGGUAGGUGGAGCAGUUGGUGAGCAAAAUGCUGGGUGUUGGCACAGAGUCCCAGGGAAGGCACAGGCUGUAUUGCCAGUCUGCAACUUGUUUUGGCCCCCCACAGGAUCAGGGAUUCAGGGAUAAACUCCUAGCCUUACAAGACUUUCACAGCCCAGCCUGCCCUGCCCGGCUCCUGCCACCCAGUGUGCGGGUGCGAUGGGAAGGACUUUUCCCUCAGCCUUGGGCCCUGUCCCAGAGUGCACCUGACAGCUCAGACCAAGCCCUGCAGGUGCCUGGCCUUUUCUGGAACAAAAGGCGUAGGGGUUGUAGGUGGCACAGGACGCUUCCUGCCUGUGGGAGCCUGGCUGAAGCAAAGCUUCUGAACUUCAGUGGACUCCUGGGCCCUCAGCGUCCUCAGCCAGCUUCCCCAGACACUGAUCUGACAGGCUGCAGAGCAUGUGUGACCCAAUAAAAGCGAGUACUCCAACCAGCUUCACCUUGAUUUCUAAGUGUUCUGUGAAAGCAAAUCUCAAAUGUAUGGCUUCUAGCUGGAUACAGGAGUGCAUAUGCCUGCCACCCCAGUACUCGGGCAGAUGAGUCAGGAGGAUCAUGAGUUCAAGUUCAGCUUGGACUAUAGUGAGACCCUGUCUCUCAAAAAAAAAAAAAAAAAAAAAAAAUUAUACAUUUAAAAAAUAUCUCUAGAUAUAUAGAGUGAGUGUGUGUCUACUUAAAAGCAUCUAUAGUGCUGCUACUGAUGGGCAUUACUGAGUCUAGUCACUGUUUUGUUUUGUUUUGUUUUCCCUUGGGUUUUGUUUUGUUUGUGACACUGGGAAUUGAACCCAGAACCUUCAUGCUGA